AUAUAUAUAUAUAUACACACACAACAUGUAUGCUAUAUUGCCAAAAGUAUUGGGACACCCCUCCAAAUCAUUGGAUUCAGGUGUUCCAAUCACCUCCAUGGCCACAAGUAUAUAAAAUCAAGCACCUAGGUAUGCAAACUGCUUCUAUAAACAUUUGUGAAAGAAUGGGUCGCUCUCAGGAGCUCAGUGAAUUCCAGCGUGACUCCGUGAUAGGUUGCCACCUGUGCAAUAAGUCCAUCCGUGAAAUUUCCUUACUACUAAAUAUUCCACAGUCAACUGUUAGUGGUAUUAUAACAAAGUGGAAGCAACUGGGAACAACAGCAACUCAGCCACGAAGUGGUAGGCCAUGUAAAAUGACAGAGCGGGGGUCA